CGCGGCGUUUACGAGACCAUGUGGCUAACACAGAAGGUGACAGUUCAUAGUGAUAUAACAUUCUGACAUGGUCCUACAACCGUGACAUCUAUGGAUUAUGGCGAUUCCCUCGGGACAGCGGCAAUGAACAAGUACGCGACUAUCACAGGGCGUUUUGGUGAAUAAUAAAUAAAUUGGGUACACUGAUUAAAGACUCAAGGAGAGAUGCACUUUUUAGUCACGUAAUCUACUAAGAACGAAUUUGAUGCCACAGACUAGACACGAGUAGCCCCCGCUGAAGGUGUUCAUUCCUACUGGCCAUCCAAUAUGAAGGAGACGAUCCAAGAUAUUGUGGACGUUCUACCGGCUAGUGCCAACGGCUGGACAAUCAACGAACUGGAAAACUAUAUUAUGAUGAAUUUCAACCUCAGUACCAAUGCCACACAGGCAGUCGUGGAGAGUUUAUUUUUUAAUUCUGUGUCUGAGGAUCCGAUGAUUGAUGUUUUAGAGAUAUUUAAACACUUUCUGAAUUCGUUAGUCUCGAUGAUUAGCGGCAAUCCAGUAGACAGUAUGUCACGAAUGGCCGACUUCAAUAGAACUGUGCUGUUUCCGAAUAAUACAGAUUCGUGUUCGCCUAAAAAGAGGGAAGAGCUGUUUGAAUUCUGGUUUGUUUUAAGUUUCAUACCAUCGGGAUUCUUUUUCCUCGUAUUCAUAUUUCUCCAAAGAAGAAAACGGGCCUGUCUUCAAUGUUGUAAAGGGGUUCCAGGUAUAGCCUAUCCUGUCAAUGUUAUAGACGCCCAGCCUGACCGACUGGGUUAUGCGUGUGCGUUCGGCGCAACGACGGUGUGUGUUCUGGGUCUAUUCAGUGGUAGUUAUCUUUUCGAUUAUGAUCUAUCACAGGUACAUGUUGCCUUGAGAGGUACCAUCCUCAUCGUACUUAAAAUGAUCAAUGUGAUAUUUAUCGGGCUUGUAUACUUGCCAAUGUUUCUAUCACUCACCACUGACAUUCGUAUCAUUGGAAAUUGUAUUGGAAUAAUAUACACGGGAGGCUGGACAGUAUUCUAUCUUUAUGAUUUUAUAAAGUGUCAGGGAAAAUAUGAGGAAAUAGACCUGGUAGUGGUGUUAGUGAGAGGGCCAAAUAUUCUCUGCUUAUUGAUAUUAUCAGUCCGUUAUUUAUUGGGUUUCAUUCAAAAUGUAGGAUCGCUUGUUUGCAAUAAGUUAUCUACUGUUUGGACUGCAAUAUUUGGCUAUUUAUUCAAACAAUUGCUGUUCUACCUUACGGAUAACAGGGUGAAACUUGCAUUUGAAUUAACCAAUCACACGGCAGUCUACCACAACAUCGUAGAGUUGGUAAAAGUAGUUAGUGGUACUUUUGACUUCAGUUCCAAGUUUGUUACAACUCUUCAUUACGUCUUUCUAUUCCACAUGUUGGCUUGUUACAGGCUCAGACCGAGCGGUGAUUGGAUGAAUUUAAAUGACGUCAACGACUGUCAUUGCAUGAAAUGUCGUCCCGAUCUUCAUGUGUUGUACAUGGAGGUGGAAUCUAGAAGACAGCGUCGUACGUGUCGCCUGCCACAGCUGCCUGUCAACUAG